AUGGUGCGGUUACCCCCGGCGGGAUUGCUUCAGAGUGCCGUGCUCACUGCUAUCGCGGAUCCAUCGUAUACCUUCUCCCUUCCUCAAGUACCAGAAGACAUGUGGCGUGAGCUCUCAAAAGACUGCGCCAGAUCUCACUGUCGCAAUCCAUACUGCAAGCACGAGAACGAUCGACUGGAAUUCAUCGGGGAUUCUCUCGUAUAUACAGCGAUCGCUCUGGAGCUUCAUCGGCAGUAUCCAAACUCUCCUAGCGGCUUCUACACCAUCAUCACCCAGGUUCUCACCACGAAUCUCACCUUCUACCAUCUCCUUGACAAGCGACAGCCUCAUCUGGCACGUGGACCUUGGUAUGAACGCGCACUGUGGAGAUCUAUCGUCCCACUGGAACCUCAUGAUUUAUGGUCCAUCCUUCCGCGGGGAGUCAACGAUCGCCUCAAGACCGGCGGCGAUCUGUUCGAGACCGUGAUCGGCGCGUCGUUUCGUAGUCGCACCGACGUCGGGGAUGGAUUCGCUGGUAUAUGCGCGUGGACGUGUCGUACAUUCUCGCCCUUGAUUGCGGUUGCUGCCCGUGCAUUUCAUGACUAUGACCCAAACACUGCUCGCGAAUACGGUGGACUCAAGCGCAGCUAUUCGGGAUCCUUCUGUCACCCUGAAAAGCGUCCGCGCAUGACGUAUAACUCGCCUGUCCCUGCGGGUUCGCCAAGCAGUAUCCGGUCUCGCCCGCCCAUCGUGUCAACUCCCAGCAAAUCUGCCCUUGGCGUGGAUCCGGAAAGGCCCAGAAGUGACAGCAGCCAGAACUCUGCUAAGCCUGUGUCUCUCAAUCCCGACAUACAGGCUCGUCCGAUUAAGAAGCUACCUCUGCAUGCUCGUCUCACGACUCCGGUCCCCCAAGUGCUUGCUUCAGGUCCUCUAACUGUCCGUCUUCCGUUGCAACCUCAUCCACUGCGGCGAUUUGGUAAUGGCUCUUUACGCUCUGAGGCUUUUGACUUUUCAAGGCCUCCGAGCACGCCGACACCUCCUACGCGGACCUCUGGAGUGGAUCCGAAAGGCAUCCUCUCGCCUUUACCUCUGCGUACGCCUGCUCGAACCAUCAACCCGCUGAAGGAAUUCGAAUCGCGCCUGCAUGCUUCUCCAGCCCAGGUCCGGCUGUCGAAACGCCUCACUGAAUACUGCGAACUCGCACAAGACGAUGAUGUCGUUGAGAUUGAUCCUCCUCUUAGCGGAAUUUUGGCCUCGAAUGCCUCGAAGAAGUCCUCUGCCCCCGUGGAGGUCAUCGAUCUGACCCUCGACGAUGACGAGGAUAAUGACGGAGAUACCGUGACACAGAUUCGGUUAGAUGAGACGGCAGGAGACUCACAUGCGAGUGAUCAGCAGGACAACUCUGAUGACCACACCCCAGACGACCUGCUCACGGGGAGGAUACUCGAAGAUAUGGAUUUAGGGUCUGGAGAUGCGAGCGUUAUUCUGUCCGUUCCUCCCUCUCUUGAAACCGACUCCAAUGCCGAUGACGUGGAAGAUGCAGUCGAAGUUCAGGACCUGCUUGGCGUAGAGCGCAUGUUUAACUGGCUGCAGGAUAUCGGAGCUCCGGUUACCAAGAUUUCGUUCCCAGGGGCAGGUGAAAACGGUGUGCUCAAUUCUGGUAUCUUCAAUCGUGCAAAGGCGCUGGCGAGCACUCUUAUUGCCCCGUUGACAUCGAGGGCGCCUGUCAAGUUCACGGCAACACCGUCCGCGUCUUUGGAGGACAUCGGCUUGCUUAGCACUGUGAAGUCAGCCGAGCGGGUGCCGGCCGUGCCUCCGGCGGCGUUCGCCCUCUCUCCCGAUAAGGCACCUCUGGCAAUGACCAAAAAAUCCGGAACGAAACCUCCUUGGAAAUCGUCUGUGCCGUUGCGAGAUGCACUCAACGCACACGUCGACGUUCAGACGAUUACAGGGAAGCAACCACAAAUCACCGCGGAGAAGCGAAGCCACGAAUCCACUCACGACGAUUCCACGCGGCUCAGGUCGAAAGCAAGCUCAAGUCGCCUCCCAGGACCUGAUAAGCGCCGUUCACCUCCAUGGAAUCCCAGUCCUCGGCGUUCACGCACGUUGUCCAGCCGUACCGAGCGAGAAAAUGUUGGUGACGAUCGCCAUGAAAGAGCGCCACACUUGGACAAGGAACGGUCGUACGGUAGUCGCUUCUUCGCAUCGUGGUUGGGUACAGAAGACCGAUCAUGGAGACCUUCUGAUGAUAGGCCCACGAAACGUCGUCGGUGAAAGCGUCCUGUCCUGCAUGUUCCGAUCAGCCC